AUGGUACUCGACCAAGUCCGCGUUUCUACGCGGCACACGCUUAACUGCGCCAAUGAGGCAACAGUCGCUGCACUUAAGUCCCCUUUCAGCCUAGGGCCAAUGGACCAUACCGUGCCCGCCAUGUUGACUAUCGAAGCCAUCCUUGUCUACAGGAAGCCAGCAAAACUGCCAGAUGACAACUUCCUUCCGGUUGAACGCUUGAACUUGGCUGCAUCUCACCUCCUAGACUAUUACCCGCAUUUGACUGGUCGUCUGCAGCAGAAUCCAGUGAGCCAAGCUCCGGAAAUUGGAAACCUGGCCGCUGGCGCUGAGCUUUGGGAGGCACAGUGCCCCAGAAGGCUCGCAAGUAUCGCGGCGUCUGCUCUUUCAGCCCGUAUCUUGGUGAUCCAUCUGCCAGAUUCUGGCAAUGCACUUCUUCCAAUUUUUCAUUCGACAAUGGGAGCUGUCUCCCAUAACCCUAUCUUCGGAAUUCAGCACACCCGAUUCGGCUGUGGAGGGGUCGCACUGGGCAUUCGAGUUCAUCAUCAAGUCUGUGAUGCCACUGGGUUCAUGCAGCUCGUGCGCGAUCUCGCUGAGAUCUACAGACAGUUGCGCGACUCUUCUCCACCAACACUAAUCUCUCCCCCCGAAAUUUACUCACACUUUCGAGGAACAAACAGUCCAUCGGCCAACCAGAAAGAGAAAGCCCUGGCGUUCAACCCUCCGGACUUUUGCCUGGAUGAGAACAUCACGGCCGUGCCUGAGGCCUCAGCCCCUCCAUCUGUCUACACUUGCCCUCUGCGCUUCCAAGGUCAAGAUCUGAUCGCGCUCAAAAAUGCUGCAACCGACCCAAACGCCCAGGGGCAGACCUCGUUCACCAGAUUCGUGGUCAUCUCAGCCUAUCUCUACCAACGCAUUUAUCAAGCCAGAAUUCAGGUUCUGCGUGACAAGGGAAUCACCCUAGACGACGACUCGCUACAGCCACUUCGUGGUUUCUGGACGACCAUGGAUAUGCGUGACUCAACCCGUCUGAAGCUGCCCGCACGUUACUUUCCAAAUGCCGUCCACUGCCCCUGGACUUCCGCCUCACAUGAGCUGCUCGAAAAGGGCGCACUCUGGCAGGUUGCACAGGUUAUACACGAUGCAAUUCACUCCGUUGAUAUGAACGAAGUCAAACAGGAGUUUGAAUGGGUUGCUGCACAGCCCAACAAAAGUCACAUCAGGUUCAAGGAGAUGGUUCCAGACGGUUGUCUCGUCGCUACCCAGUGGAGUAGAGGUAAGACAUACGUUGGAGUUGACUUUGACAUCGCUGCCAAUGGCAAGCGCAUUGCCCCGUCUCUCGUGUCGCCGGCCUUCAGCGAAGGCUACCGGGUCGAUGGCUUGGCAAUUAUUAUGUCUACCGAGGAGGAAUUACCUCGAGGCCAACCUGACAGACGCUCUUUGGCUAGUGGCAAUCUUCCGUGCGCCGUCGAUGUGAAUUUGACCCUGGGUAGGUCGGUGUGGGAUGUUCUCAACAAUGACCCUGACUUUUUGGCUCUCCAUUCCUGA